AUGGAAAUCGUUGACUUUGCAGAAUGUUUGAAACAGGUCAAUGGGAAGCUUCAGUUCCACUACGUUCAAGCGGGGCUCUGCUCCCAUCGGCACCGCGCAACGCUCAUGGAAACGGUCAACUUCCGGAGCCUCAACAAAUGCACCUCUAUUUCGUCCAACGGCCGGCAGUCCGUCGCUGAGGAGGAGCUCAGGGCCGGUCUCGACGGUCUGCUGGACGAGAUCCGCUAA